AUGAACGGGCUGCUUGUGGACAAUGGAGGAGGAAGGUCAACAAUUGCUCACGAACUAAAAGUCCGGCUAAUACGAUGUACUUCUCCCAAAGGCAAAAAGUUGAAUGACGCGUGCUCGGUAAGCUCCGAGUGUCAGUCGACCAACGAGUUUCUGCAAUGCGACCAGGGCUUUUGCCGUUGCUUGCCUCCUUACGUCCUCAGCCUUAAAGACGUCUGCACAGCAAAAAACGGCAUUGCCAGGCAGCUGAUGAUAUACUCGUCAUGUUUCAUGAUCCUUUCCUUCAUUGUUGGUGGCCUUAUCUUGUGGCACGUUGGAGUGGGCAGCGGUGAAGGUGCCACAUCCUCGUCGUCAAGGUCGUGCCUCCUGCGAUCCCGCAAAGACAGCGAAGGCCGAUCUCACCAAAGGAUUCGCUUCCGAAUGUCCGCGUCUCCGCGAAACACGUCCCCGCAGCACACGCGCCUAUGGAGGCUCGAAGACAGACAGAAGACCACGUUACAGACGAACAGCGUUGCGUCCGAUCACCUGGUCACGGCCUGCAAAUCGGAGGUGCCUCCGUACAUGUACGAACGCAACUUCGUUUCCUGCUACCAGUUCAGCCGGUAUCCACCAGAUGCACAAGGCGAAGAGCCUUCGGGCCAGCGCCUCAACGCGAGCUCCGAAGACAGCGUUGUCCUAGGAAACCGAGGGUUCAUGACGGCGGAUAGCUGCUGCAGACUUCUACGCGAGGAACUGUUGCACGAGCGGCGGUCUUCCCGAUUCGCCACCUGGGUUCAUACGGGGGCCCAGUCAAAAAGACGCGACGUACUUGGGAGAGACAAUGCUGUGGACCCGGGCACCCGUGCUUUCUCCGAGUGGGAUAAUGAGUACCCUGAAGCUUCUGGACCAACAGACAUAGGUUGUCAGUCUUCUUCCUCCCGUUCUUCCCCCGAGACGCAGAAGAAUCACCGCGUGAAUAAGCUUGGGUGGCCAUCAGAUUCCGUCCGCACAAAACGUAGCGCUUUUACGAAAGGGAACAGCGCUCAGCCCUCUGUCGAAACUGCACUACGCUACGCCACGGGCCACACGCGUGCUACGGCAGUGACGUCUACGGGUGAUGUUACCGUAAGCAAGCACUCGACAGCAUCCGAAUGCCCAAACUUACAGGGUUGCCAGCAGUUAGUCGCCCACGGUGCCAGCCCGGAGGCUUCGGUCGAAGAUGAGACCGCAGCUGAAGUCGGGGAGACGGCUUUCGCUGAUAGCGCAACGUCGACCGUGAUGGUCAAAGUGAAGUCGUCCAAGCCACAGGGGGACACAUGCGAAGGUUCACCAAUGGCAACGCGUCUGCGGCAACACUCUGACAGACAUGCCGAAGUGACAGGAAAAGUACAGGAACUUUCGACUGACGGGGAGAUGACACACAUGAACGAGUCCCUUGCUGCUCUGUGCGUCAUCGGCUCCAAGGUCCCCUGCACUACGACCGAGGACUCCGCGGCGCAGCCCACGGUUGACACUGCUCUGGCGUUAGCCACCCGUGAACGACCGCGUGGGCUCUUGUCCAUGCCAAAUGCCAGGAUAGCCAGCGAUCGCUACUCCGAGGUGCGGAGUCGGGUCAUGGAGACACUACAGCUGGACCUGACGGACGCAUUUAUGUAUAGUACACCCGUGGUAGAUCGACUUCGUAGUGUGGACAGUCGACGUGACUACCUAAGCACAAAGUCAAUGCGGCUACGCAGCGACGAGCAAUGGCCAGACUUCCCCACGCUCUUAGGAUACCUGUCCAGUGCAUCGCGCUGUGUCCGCUUGUCUUACAUGUCACAGAAGACAGUUCAAAAUGAAGAUGAAAACAAAGCGGAGGAAACGUCCAAAUUUGGCGAGCCUUAGGUCAUGCUUUGUCUCGCUGUCAAUC